GGCGUCUGCGUGCUGCGUCCGCCUCCCUUUCUGCCUCCGCUGCCGCCAUGGCGCCCGUGAAAAAACUUGUAGCGAAGGGAGGCAAAAAAAAGAAGCAAGUUCUGAAGUUCACACUGGACUGCACUCACCCCGUGGAGGAUGGUAUCAUGGAUGCUGCCAACUUCGAGCAGUUUCUCCAGGAGAGAAUCAAGGUGAACGGGAAGGCCGGCAACCUUGGCGGCGGGGUGGUGAGCCUGGAGCGGAGCAAGAGCAAGAUCACCGUGACCUCCGAGGUGCCUUUCUCCAAGAGGUAUUUGAAGUAUCUUACCAAAAAAUAUUUGAAGAAGAAUAACCUGCGUGAUUGGCUGCGUGUCGUUGCCAACACCAAGGAGAGCUACGAGCUGCGAUACUUCCAGAUCAACCAGGACGAAGAGGAGGAGGAGGAUGAGGAUUAAACUCAUUUCUCUGCAAUAUUUUGUAUAAGUUCUUGAAUAAAACUUGGGAACCAAA